CGGAAAUGACGCCACGAGAAUCGCUCGUCAUUGGUCUGUUGAUAAAUGUGUAGCGGGAAUUUAUCUGGAUGAUCGUGAACUUUUCUGUGACACGAAAAUUAUACUAGAAUCUGUAUUUGUUUCAGCGAAUGAUCUUUAAACAUUUUCCCAGCGCAAAAUGUCGCUGACCGCCGAUGAAAACCAGCAGAGGUUAAAGGCGGCGGUACACUUCACGGUGGGCCGGAUCUGUCAGAAGCUGGGAGAGGAUCACCGGAAGGAGUUCAGCCGGCAAACUGUCGCGGCGAUAACCGAGACGACGUUCAGACAAUGCGAUAUAUUUGCCAAAGACCUGGAAGCCUUUGCCAGACAUGCUAAAAGAACCGUAGUGUCUGGUGACGACGUUAAGCUUGUUGCCCGGCGCAGUAAGGCAUUGCAUGUCCACAUACAAAAUAAAAGCAACGAACUGGCCCAGGAACAGAAAAAGAAAAGUGCUGCAAAGAGGAAGAGCAAAGACGCUGAGGAGGAGAGCAGGGAAUAGAAGGCACUGGCCAGUCUGCUUCACUAUAUUCAACAUGCAAAUAAAAGAAUGUCCCACACAUGA